GGGGAACGCAAUCGAACGUGAGGACUGAAAAUUAUGAAGAACCACGUCGGCUACUUCGUCGAAAUCGAGUAGCAUGAGUGCUCUCUACGUUGUACCUCCUACACGAAGACUACACUAACGGAAAUUUUCUCGUUUUCCACCUCUCCUUGUGCGAGCAGAGCGAGGUGGCACUAAAAAUGUGAUCUGAUCCCCACAUCGUUGUAGUUUUUUUUUUCGGUUCUUCAUUGAAAAAAUCUGAAACCAUGACGGAUUUCCGGCCGGGCGUGCUGAUCCACAAUUUCAAUGAGGAUCAGUUUGGCAAGGAGCUGGUUGCAAAGGGCAAGAUGACCUAUCCCACGCCAACUUCCAUCGCCCAGUCCGCCUUCCGCGACCCAAGGGAGUUUGCGCAGAGCAUGCAGGCCAAAACCGGGGGUUCCAAGACCACCACGGCCCCGGCGUCGGGGAACGUCUCGUCUGCGGAGGAGGAGUAUGAAUUGCAAAAGUAUCGUGUUAGUAGAAAUCGCAUGACAAAUUUCCUCAGGAUGAUGAAAAAUGGAAUAUGUAAUGCGGAUGUACCUCAAGACAGAGACUUGUAAUGCAUGGCUACGAUAAGUGCUACGAGUGCGAUGCUUUUGCAGUGCAUAGGGAGAUUUUGCGCGAGCUGGAGAAGGAGCCCCUGAUCCGCUACAAUGGCAUGGACGCAAACCUGCUCUUCGGGCACAGCGGGGACAUGAGCACGACAAAGGGCCUGAAGCAGAAGGCCUACAUUAUUCUCUGCAAAAGUAUCGUACUCGUAUAAAUGCAUAUACAAAUGUUCUCAGCAUGAGAACUAGACUUUGUCAUGCUGUUUUACCGGAAGGACAACAUUUGUCAUGUUGCACAGUUGCAAGCAGUACGAUUACGAUACUUUUGCAAGGCAUAUGCAUCACCUCAACGCAGUAUUUCUACCAGGCCCCAGCGGUCGCGAGUGUCGACGGUGUGAAGACAAAUCUGACCGUAGAAAAAUUCUACGAGGGAUCGCACCCGAUCGAAGUAUGAAAAUUUUGGUUCCGUUAAUGUGCUUGUCGUGGUGAUGCGCACCUCCUGUACUUGUGCAUCACAACCAUGGCAUUUUAUUUCGCGAUGGUAUGAAAAUGAAUUUCAAUGAUGUGCGCCGCACCACGCAUCACAAACUCUAUCAGGUAUCAAAAGACUUACACUCGGUCAUCGCGGAGAAAACCAAAAACGGGUGGAACUACGACAAAAACCCCUACACGAGCAUCUACAAGAAGGAAAUGGGGAAGGCAGAUCCAACGGUCGGGCUGGAAACGAACCGUAUUCCGCGGGUGAAGGGGGAAUUUACGAGGAAGAUGGACGCGGUCUGCAUUAAGCGGACCGUGUGAACACGGUUCGUGCUUGUUUGGGAAAAUCACAAUCUUUCAAACAAUUUUAUUAUAGUUAGAAUAAACGAGAUUCUUAGUCGCAUCUUCACUGUAACUACUGCCGGCUCCUUCCACUUGAUACCAACACAUACGCUCGCUAUCUACUUGUAGACAGAGGAGCAAAAACAAUGUAGCCGCAGCUUUAACUGGUGGUGGAAGUACAAGUAGCUUUUACGCUUUGCUACACCUUCUUCACCUUCUUCUACUUGACGAUUAGCAGAUAUUAUGCCUGUAUCUUUUACCAAUACCAUUUCCACAGCCUAGUUUCUUUAGUACACAGCAACAGCCUUUCUUUCUGAUUCAAUCUACGACAGCACCACACCUUUGACGUUGAUUAUGAUCCAAAAAAGCAGCAGCGAAAAAAAUGUUUCUGUUAAUGCCCCGAAUUAUUUUGAGCUUGUCCUGCUCUCGGUUUGUUGACAACUUCGCCAUUGACAAAUCGAUUCGAAGGUCGCGGCUUUGUUUCCUGUCACACUGUAUAUACGUCAAUUCAAAGAUCAUCAGCAACAGCGCCUUCCUGUUUCUCUAUUUAUCAGAUAAGCCGGGUCUCAUUUGGCAGGUUUUUACCGAAAGUGGGCAGCAGCAGGGG